AUGGAUGUCACGCUCCUUCGAAACCGGAUACAGUCGACAGUGGACCCAAAUGCAGAUGCGAGACGUCAAGCUGAAUUAGACUUGAGAUAUGCAGAAGAACAACCAGGCUUUACCAACGCUCUUCUCAACAUACUACAGGCGGAGCAGGACAACAGCAUACGUCUUUCCACUGUUGUAUACCUCAAAAACCGAGUCACCAGAGCAUGGCAACCGAGCGAAGAUUCUGCAGCACACAAACAAAUACCAGAAGAUGAGAAGCUCGACCUGCGGAACCGUCUUCUACCUAUACUAGCCUCUUCGUCACCACAAGUCCGGAUACAGCUCAUACCAAUCCUGCAAAAAAUAUUAUCCUACGACUUUCCUGCCAAAUGGCCCAACUUCCUAGAUAUAACGAUGCAACUGUUGAAUACAAACGAUGCAAACUCCGUCUUCGCAGGCUUACAUUGUAUGCUAGCAAUAUGCCGGAUGUAUAGAUUUAAGGGAGGAGAGAACAGGGGGAACUUCAACCAAAUUGUUGAGGCAUCUUUCCCACAGCUGCUGGGUAUUGCCACACGACUGGUGGGAGAAAGAAGCGUGGAGGCAUGGGAAAUGUUACACAUCAUCAUGAAAGCGUACAAACAUGCGAUCUAUUUCGAAUUACCUGGAUACCUGAUGCAUCAAGACCGAAUGGUUGGUUGGUGUACCCUGUUUCUGACUAUCGUCGCCAAAGAGGCCCCAGGCCACGCCCUUGACGAGGACUACGACGAGCGAGAAAGAAAUCAUUUCUGGAAGUCAAAGAAAUGGGCGUAUGCAAAUCUCAAUCGGCUGUUUGUACGAUACGGCAGCCCCAGCACUAACCAGAAAAAUGCCUCUCCAGAGAUGGUGGAAUUCUCUAAAUCAUUUCUUGCGAAUUUCGCCCCUGAAAUCCUCAAAGGAUAUUUACAGUCAAUCGAGAAGUGGGCAUCCAAAACAACUUGGCUCAGCAAGCCAUCGCUAUCAUAUACGCUAAGCUUUCUGGACGAGUGCGUGAAGCCAAAGUCAAUGUGGAAUCACCUCAAACCGCACAUGGAUACCCUCAUCUCCCACGUGUUCUUUCCAAUUCUUUGCCAAUCCGAUGAAGACAUUGAGCUCUUUGACUCCGAUCCUCCAGAAUACCUUCAUCGCAAGCUGAAUUUCUAUGAAGAAGUCUCAGCGCCUGAUGUUGCUGCGACCAAUCUCCUAGUCUCAUUGACUAAAAGCCGCAAGAAACAGACGUUCUCAAUUUUGAACUUUGUCAACGGCGUUGUCAACAAGUACGAAUCUGCUCCAGACGAUCAGAAGAACGCUCGAGAGAAAGAAGGAGCACUCCGCAUGAUCGGAACGUUGGCUUCUGUCAUUCUGAGCAAAAAAAGUCCAAUAGCUGAUCAAGUCGAGUAUUUCUUUGUCCGGCAUGUCUUCCCAGAGUUCCGCAGUCCCCAUGGAUUUCUUCGGGCACGAGCCUGCGACACGUUAGGCAAAUUUGAGCAACUUGAAUUUAAGGACCCCAGCAAUCUGCUCAUCAUCUACCGAAACAUACUCGAAUCGAUGGCCGAUCCUGCGCUGCCAGUACGCGUAGAGGCAGCCCUCGCCCUUCAACCUCUCAUCAGACACGAAGUCAUUCGGGCUUCUAUGCAACAAAACAUACCGCAGAUAAUGCAGCAAUUACUGAAGCUGGCUAAUGAAGUUGACGUAGAUGCGCUAGCUAAUGUUAUGGAGGAUUUCGUUGAAGAAUUCGCCGCCGAGCUCACCCCUUUCGCAGUCGCACUGAGCGAGCAAUUGCGGGAUACGUACCUUCGGAUCGUCCGCGAACUAUUAGAAAAGCAGAGCGCCAAAGACGAAGACGAGACCUAUGGAGACUUCUUAGACGACAAGAGCAUUACCGCGCUUGGCGUUCUUCAAACUAUUGGUACUCUCAUUCUUACCUUGGAGGCAACACCGGAUGUUUUAAUGCACCUAGAAACCAUUCUAAUGCCAGUGAUUCAGAUCACCCUCGAGAACAAGCUCUUUGAUUUGUACAAUGAGGUAUUCGAGAUCAUUGACAGCUGCACUUUCUCGGCUAAAUCAGUGUCACCUACAAUGUGGCAAGCUUUCGUGUUAAUGCACAAAACCUUCAAGUCCGGUGCAGAGUUAUACCUGGAAGACAUGCUCCCCGCCUUGGAUAAUUUCGUUUCGUAUGGGGCAGAAACGCUGGUCCAGACCCCCACAUAUAUCGAAGCUCUCGUUGGUAUGGUAUCGGACAUAUUCCACGACGAAAAGGUCGGAGGUAUGGACCGAAUCUGCGGCUGCAAGCUUGCAGAAGCAAUCAUGCUCAAUCUUCGGGGACAUGUUGACCGAUUCGUUCCCACCUUCGUGGAAUUAGCUAUGAGGAUGCUAUCAAGUAACGAGCUAAAGGUCAAAUCUUACAGAAUACACCUUAUGGAAAUGGUUAUAAACGCCCUCUACUACAAUCCAGUGAUCGCUCUGCAUGUCUUAGAGUCAAAUGGAUGGACCAACAAGUUCUUUAGCUCUUGGUUUUCGAAUAUUGAGAGCUUCACACGAGUCCACGACAAGAAAUUGUCUAUUGUCGCCAUAAGCUCCCUACUAACACUGAACGCCAAUGAAGUACCCACCAGCGUUCAACAAGGCUGGCCGCGAUUAUUGCAGGGCGUGGUCCGCUUGUUUCAGACCCUCCCAGCGGCAUUAAAGAACCGUGAGGAGGCUACAAAGGAAGGGGACUUCACCCUCAAUGAUGAUGACGAUGAUGACGAUGACGACGAUGACGAUCAAGAAGAGUGGGACGGAGAGAUAUGGACCAACGAAGGUGAGGAUGCCGAGGACGUCAAGGACGAGAGUGCUGCUUAUCUGGAGUUUCUGAAAGAAGAGUCCGAAAAGUUCGGUGCCGCACAGGACGAAUCCGACGACGAGCUAGAAGAGGAGAGCUUGCUUGAGACUCCUCUUGACAAAGUGGAACCGUACGGACUAUUCAAAGGAACUUUGUUUAAACUGCAACAGGAGCAACCCCAGCUCUAUGAUAAUCUCACCAAGAUCCUCAAUCCGGAAGAGCAGCAGAUCGUCCAAGCAGUCAUUUUGCAAGCCGAUACGAACGCCGUAGCCGCUCAGGCCGUAGCAGCUGCUACAGCUGCGCAGACUAAUGGUGGGCAUUGA